UGCGGGAUAUGACCGCUGAGGAAGAGGAAAGGGAAAGGGAAAGUGAAGCAGAGAUGGAAGCACUCUUCUCCCAGUUCUCCUACCUCGCGAACCAAGCUCUCGUUGACAAGAACUUCGAUCCAGCAAGAAUCGAGGAACUUCUAGGUCUCUUUGAGCAAGAAGCCUAUGCGUCCUGGUCAUCCGUGGAGGCGGAGCACCAGAAGGCGGCCCAAGAUGCGACGAAUUCCUUGAAGGAUGCCGAGGACUACCUUGAUUCCAUUAUGGAGGCCGCCAUGGCCGAAUUCCGACAGUCCUACGACGCAACCAAGAAGUCUUCGAAGGAGGAGCUAUCGAGCCUUGUCCAUGCGGCGGACGCCUCCCGGAAGAUGGGGCAGUCCCUUGGGGCCGCAGCGGCUGGCGCCUCCGAGAAGUACUUGGACGCGGCCCUUUCCUCGGCCAUGGCCAACAUGAAGUCGGCAUUUACCACCUCGAAGAUCCACCCUUCUUAGAUGGAUGAUUAAUGUUACCACGCAGCUCCUCUUUGCCGUCGUACUAUGAGUUUGUGAUCACCUUUGUUUCGAGCAUGUCGUUUAGGUGAGAAUAAAAGGCAAUUCAGACUUGUUGAAGUGUGGUGUUGAUGGGGUAGAGUCUUCCUUUCCGUAUAGAUUCUCUGUGCUUGCUACCUUGGGUUCAGGAUGUCUUUUGUCUCAAUUAUUGUUUGGUGACUCAGUCAUUUCCUUACUGU